AUGUAUGACUCAAACAAGAAAAAAUUAAAGACGUCUUGUAAUCAUUCUAUGCGACCUGGUUCUGAAUCAACAUUGACGAACGAUCAUAGUAUCAACAGAAAAGUUCAAAUGCAAGCAAUUGAAUCUGAAUCAGCUAUCCGUGUAUUAUUUGGUAUUGUGGGUGUUUCAUUAUUAUCUAUACCUAUAUGUUAUAUGUCGUAUUAUGUUAAACAAAUGGAAAAUUCAUUGUAUGUUUUUCUCUCUGGUGUGAUUAUUUGCACAUCAAUUGCACCGUUAACAUAUUUUUUAUUGAUUAAGCAUUUAACGCGCGUAAAAAAGGAAACGUACUUUUAUGUGUUUACAAUAUUUUCAUUCACAGCUGUCGCUGAUCUGCUAUUAGCCUUGACAAUUGAUAAUUAUUCGUCCGCGUUUCAUUUUUAUUUAGAACAGGGCGAAGUCUACUUGAAAACAUCUCAUGGGUUAUUUAUUAAUUAUUGGGACGGUACAGUACAUUAUACAUUGUACUUGACAAUGUUGUAUUGUAUGUUAGCGAAACAAACGCAAACAAAGUUUUACCGUUUUCUAUCAUUAUUUUGGUGUGGUUCUAUUUUAAAUUCAUUGAUUGUCCUGUUGGGUGGUGCUGCUGUUGGUCGGUACGGCACACAUAUUAAACCAUCCUAUUUAUUAAACAUACCUUAUGUGAUGUUUCCUUUAAUUUUCGUCUUACGACAAUUUCGUACACGUACCAGUUUUAUUCAACAACAACAGGUAGAAGUAAACAAAAAGGCUACAAAUCUAAAACCGUUAAUAUCACGUCCUCUCGAUAUGUUUUUCGUCGCUUACAUGGUAUUCGCAAUUUUACUUGCAAUUUUCCGUGUGUUACAUGUCUUACAGACUCCUAUGAUGGUUCACAGCAUCUAUUAUAAAUAUGAACCCUAUAUGUUGAAUACAUCAGGCUUUCCGUUGCUUCAGCUAUUAACAUAUGCAUUUUAUUUCAUACCGUAUUAUUACUCAGCAAUUAACGCAUUGUUAUUCUACAAUGAACAAUCAUCAAAAUUUCAAUGGCUACCCGAUUGGACUAUGGUGCAUGCGGGGGCUGCUGCUCAGGCACAGUUCUCUUACUUGUUUUCUUCUUUACACAGCCCAACAUUAUUUCCAGACUCAUCUUGGUCUGCAAUUCCACCUAAAUAUUGGUUCACUACUGUUAGCCUAAAUUCAAUUUUAGCGAUUACACCACAACUAUUUGCUUUUCGCGUUUGUGCUGGCCAUAGAGAUAAGGACUUUUAUUAA